AUGAAACGGGAUUUAGAAAAGCAAGAUGAAGAAAAGAAAGAUGAAAAGCAAGAUGAAAAGAAUAUUGAAGUAGUUGAUUAUUCAAAGCUGGAGGUGCCAUCUUCUUUACAAUCCCUUCGUCGUUAUGUGGAAACGACACUAAAGCCUCAAGAGAAGAUUAUGACCUUUACAAUUGAGAAGGAGGUGUUUGGUGAUGAUCGUAGUACCUUCGUUUUGCAUGAAGAUAUUACACAGUUUGCAGGCAUGGAAGAAAUUGGGGCUACUGUGGUUGCAGUAUAUAUGAGGUGCCUAUUUGAUAAUUUGAAAGCUGCAAAUAUGUUGAACAUGGUUGGCUUUAUCGACCCUGCUCAAGUUAGUGCCAACGCUGGGUCAUUAACUGAAAGAUCACGUUUGGUAGCCAAUCGACUUCAAAAGACAUAUGGUGAACAGAUUUUCAUGAUGCCUUACAAUCCAGGCCGUCAUUGGGUCUUGUUCAUUGUGAGAGCAAAAAAGGAAACUGUCUAUUUUCUGGAUCCUCUGCCCGGAAAUUGA